AAACCGCAAAGAAAUACAGAGAGAGAUCACAGUCUUAAGCAAAGCGAGGAAGACAAAGAGAUAGGAGACGAUGACGACUACGGCGACGGCAAAGACCAUAAACGAAGUGGGCAUCGACGAUUUGUACCGUGCAGGCGGAGGAAUAUUAACCAUAGAUGAAGCCAAACACAUCCACCAAAUCAUUAAACAAGCCAUUUCGAAAGCUAAAAGAAGCCGAUUAUCAGCAGCAGAGGUGUGGAAAGAGGUGGUGGGUAAGAAGGUGUUAAAGCCAAACCACCCACAUUCACUUCACCAGCGUGUUUAUUACUCUGUUUAUGCUGAUUGGGAUACUUCCAUUAAUGGUCCUCCUCUUUAUUGGUUCCCUUCUCUGCAAGACUCUAAGCUUACAAACCUAGGAAAAAUAAUGGAAAUUCAUGGUCCAAAGCUUUUAGGGACUUCAUACAAGGAUCCCAUUGCUAGUUUCAAUCUCUUCCGGGAGUACACCGUCCGCCAUCCCGAGGUAUAUUGGUCAAUCAUUCUAAAAGAGCUAUCAGUUACAUUUCAUGAACCUCCCAAGUGCAUUCUGGAUACUACUGACAAAUCAAGACCAGGAGGAACUUGGCUUCCCGGUUCGGUUUUGAAUAUUGCUGAGUGUUGCUUAUUACCCUUAAUUCAUCCCAGAAAAGAAGAUGAUAGUUGUGCAAUUGUAUGGAGAGAUGAAGGUGAUGAUGAUGAUUCCGAUGUGAACCGUAUAACACUUAAACAGCUUCGAGAACAAGUCAUCUUGGUGGCAAAUGCAUUAGAUAGAACUUUCACAAAGGGUGAUGCAAUUGCUAUUGAUAUGCCAAUGACAGUCAAUGCAGUUAUUAUAUACCUAGCAAUAAUAUUAGCUGGAUGUGUUGUUGUAUCUAUAGCUGAUAGCUUUGCUGCUAAGGAAAUUGCAACACGUUUACGUGUCUCUAAGGCGAAGGCUAUCUUCACUCAGGACUUUAUAGUAAGAGGAGGUCGAAAGUUUCCUUUAUACAGUCGAGUUGUGGAAGCUUCUCCACAUAAAGUAAUCGUGCUCCCUGUGUCGGGGCGUAAUGUUGGCGUUCAAUUAAGAGAACAAGAUAUAUCAUGGAAAGACUUUCUUGCCUAUGAUAAUCAGCAUCAAAGGCCAAAUCAUUUCACUCCAGCUUAUCUACCAGUAGAUUCCAUGAUUAACAUACUAUUCUCGUCCGGUACCACAGGAGAACCAAAAGCUAUUCCAUGGACACAACUUUCGCCUAUUCGUAGUACUGCUGAGGGAUGGGCUCACAUUAAUGUCGGAGUCGGAGAUGUUUAUUGUUGGCCUACGAAUCUAGGAUGGGUGAUGGGACCAAUUUUACUCUUCUCGUGUUUUCUAACUGGUGCAACCCUUGCUCUCUAUCAUGGAUCUCCUUUGGGCCGUGGUUUUGGAAAAUUUGUUCAGGAUGCAGGAGUAACUGUUUUAGGCACAGUUCCAAGUUUAGUGAAAACUUGGAAGAAUACCGACUGUAUUAAAGGCUUAGACUGGACAAAGAUAAAAUCUUUUGCUAGCACUGGAGAAACCUCUAAUGUUGAUGAUGACCUUUGGCUUUCCUCAAAAUCUUACUACAAGCCUAUUAUCGAAUGUUGUGGAGGCACAGAAUUAGCCUCAAGUUACAUCCAAGCAAGUCCGUUUCAGCCACAAGCUUUCGGAGCAUUUAGUACUGCAUCAAUGACAACUGGUUUAGUUAUCUUGGAUGAACAUGGAGUUCCCUAUCCGGAUGAUAAAGCUUGUUUUGGUGAAGUUGGUUUAUUCCCUCUCUACCUAGGAGCAACUGAUAGAUUGCUUAAUGCCGAUCACAACGACGUCUACUUCAAGGGAAUGCCUACAUUUAAGGGAAUGCGUCUUAGGAGACAUGGGGAUAUCCUCAAGAGAACUGUUGGUGGCUAUAUUGUUGUUCAAGGAAGGGCUGAUGACACAAUGAAUCUUGGUGGAAUUAAGACAAGCUCUGUUGAAAUUGAACGUGUUUGUGACCGUGCCGAUGAGAGCAUCUUGGAGACUGCCGCAGUCAGUGUAGCACCACCGGAUGGUGGUCCCGAACUUUUGGUGAUUUUCGUGGUUCUAAAAAAAGGGUUCAAUCAACAACCGGAGAAGUUGAAGACGAUAUUCUCGAAAGCCAUUCAAACCAACCUCAACCCUUUGUUCAAGGUGAGCAAUGUGAAGAUAAUCCCAGAGUUUCCUAGAACAGCUUCUAACAAAUUGCUUAGGAGAGUGUUGAGGGACCAAAUACAGCAUGAACUGUCAGUUAGAAGCAGAAUGUGAAGGCUAGCAGCUUCAACAAUGGUUGUGGGAUGUUUUCCCUCUGUCUUGCUCAAGACUUAAAGGAUGCGUCCUAAGGCUGCAGCAACCCGAAAGUCGGCAACACGUGGUGUUUUUUUUUUUUUUUUACAAAAUUAAAAGUUCAACAUUCUAUCAAGCAAUAACGAACCGGUCUACCAUUUAUGGUGAAACCGGUUUCAAAUGGAACUAAGCCAUGUGAUUCAUUUGCAUCUUGCUGUCUGUUUUCCUAAGUACUAUAUAUGUUCACAAUUAGUGAAGUAUUAGUUGAUUAA